AUCAUCGGUGGUGGGAGGCGGGAGGAUGUGCAGAGCCAUAAGGAACAGUAGUCUCCGAGAACAAAGAAUUACGAGCACCCCCAAAUCGUAAUCGCGCCCAAAGUACUAUAACAAGACAAGGUUAGGUAGCCGGCGACCUUUAAAAAAAUGGCAUCCCACUAAUCCGCAUGGACUCCCUAGUUCCACGAUUCCUGGCACAAAUCGCUGGGGUGGCUUCAGCUCGCUUAGAAUGGAAACUAAUCAGCAUCAUAGACUGAUGAGAUAAACUGAUCAAUAAUAGCAGUGGCAUUAGUAAGUAGAGGUUUUAUUGGUAAAGUAUUGAAAGUUUAACCAGAAUUCCUUAAAAGGCAAUUAUUCCUUCUCUGCACUGCUCUGGUAGCUUAAUUUAAAGAUUAUAUCGAUGCAAAACUCUGUGGUUGUUGAUGCCAAAGAAUGGAGGUUGGAGGAAGGGACUACUGCUUUUCUUGGAUACAAAUUUGCAUUUCUUCAGACAUUAAACAGAUGUAUAUAUUCCCUUGAGUUUUCACAUACAUCAUAACCUGCCUUUAAGAAAAUAUAUUCCAUAUGAAGCAGUAGUGUUUUUCUUCAAUGUACUGAACCUAAAUAUAUACUCAAUCUAAGUAUUUUGAGUGACUAGGGGGGCUCUCACCUGCCCUCCCCAUUCUAAGCCAAAUAUAUAUAAAUAUGUGUGUGUGUGUAUGUAUGAUAUUUUAGGUGUUGUGAGCAUUAUUUUUAAAAGUCAUCCUAACCUUUUUUGGGGGGGAGGGUAACUACAAGGAAGAAAUUUUACUGGGCAGCUUUGGAUCUAGAAAGAGGGCACUCUAUGAAAAGACAUUGGAAAUUACUUUUAAAGAUUAUAGCAAAUGUCAGGCAGUCUUUGCUGACACUGCCUGGACCCUUUAGUGGCAUUUUAAAAAUUAAGCUCUGUGGCUACAAUUUUUUCUGCUCUUUACUAGAUUUCAUGCUUGAAUGCAAAUCAGCAUUUCUUUUCCCUCUAAAAUUAACACUAGAAAGAUGUUCUAUCAAGCCUCCCCUUUAAUUGUUUCAUUGAAAAAAGGAAAAGAGCAAAUGAGAAAUGAAGGUUGUAACAUUGUAAUUGAUACUAAUUUAUUCAGCUAUUUAUUCCAUGAGGUGAGACUGAAGUGCCAUUUAGAUGAAAUUUUAGUCCAAAAUGUUGGUGCUUCAAAAUGAUAAAAAGGGGCUUGAUUUUGUGUGUAUGGUUUUUUUUUUUGGGGGGGGACCAGGGGGUAUAUGUUCUCUGGACAGUGUGUAUGUUUUUCCCAGUAUAAUCUAAGGUACUUAAUUAGAAGCAUAUUCUGAGAUAAAUGUCGCCUUUUUGAGCUUUUAAACACCCAAAUCUCACUCUGAAACUUUAAGAAAACUGUCAUCAAAAAUUAUGUUGAUAAGUGGAGUAUUUGUGUCUUGCCUAUUAAUAUUUCAAGUAAUUUAGAUGUAUAAUAUUCAGUUUCUUACACAAUAUAUAAUUUGGACCCUAUUUGGUGAACUGUGAUGAAUAUUUAAGAUGAGCGUGACUAAAUUCAGGGUUACAUUAGAAAAGCAAUUUCCCCAUGGAAUUAACUUUUUUGUAAGUUCUCCAAAAUAAAUCUUCUAAUUCAAUAAGCAUUCAUUGGGUGUCUGCUUUUUCAAUCUCCAUUGACUAAGAGUAGUAGACAAAACUAUAUGCAUCCUCUUUAAUUUUACUAGAAAAGAAAACCUGUAUACUAUACAUUUAAUAGAUUUUUUUUUUUUUAGGUUGAAAUUGGACAGAGAUUGGAUACCUUUUUAGAUAGGUGUUCUUGAGCACCACUGACAACACGGUUCUGACAGUAUUUCAUGACAAUGGAUGGUGACAGUUCUACAACAGAUGCUACUCAACUAGGAAUUUCUGCAGACUACAUUGGAGGAAGUCAUUAUGUGAUACAGCCUCACGAUGAUACUGAGGACAGCAUGAAUGAUCAUGAAGAUACAAAUGGUUCAAAAGAAAGUUUCAGAGAACAAGAUAUAUAUCUUCCAAUUGCAAACGUGGCUAGGAAUAAAAAUGCUAUACCUCAAACAGGAAAGAUUGCAAAAGAUGCCAAAGAAUGUGUGCAGGAAUGUGUGAGUGAGUUCAUAAGCUUUAUAACAUCAGAGGCAAGUGAAAGAUGCCAUCAAGAGAAGCGGAAGACAAUCAAUGGAGAGGAUAUUCUCUUUGCCAUGUCUACCUUAGGCUUUGACAGUUAUGUAGAACCUCUGAAAUUAUAUCUUCAGAAAUUCAGAGAGGCUAUGAAAGGAGAGAAGGGAAUUGGUGGGGCAGUCACAGCUACAGAUGGACUAAGUGAAGAACUUACAGAGGAGGCAUUUACAAACCAGUUACCAGCUGGCUUAAUAACUGCAGAUGGUCAACAACAAAAUGUUAUGGUUUACACAACGUCCUAUCAACAGAUUUCUGGUGUUCAACAAAUUCAGUUUUCAUGAUCUGAAGAAAUGACAGAAUGGGGAGUGGAGAGAAGUGAGCGUGUACGAUUCGGGAACAGAGACAUGAGAGGAAAUGACUGGUGAAGCGCUGUCUCUUUGUAUAUUAAGUAGCUGUAAUGUAGCUUCCUGAUGCUUGACUAAUUGAGGUGUUAAUUCUGACUUGAUGAGAAUCUUUUUCAUGAAUGAUUUUAAAGACAAAUUUGGAUUUUAAAGGUAUUAAAAUAUUUUUGUUUUGUACAAGAGUUUGUUGCUCUGUAUGACGCCUGUAUGCAUUGUAUAUUGCAAUUUAUUACUGUCAGAGAUUUGUAGACAGUUUCUUAUUUUCAUAUUGAAUCAUGUUACUUUUGUAAUUCAAGUAAGCAGCUGGGUUAAUUCAUGAUGUUUGCCCUUUUAAUAAAAUAUAAGGGUAGAGUUCAUUUUGAAUGCAAGUUGCCUUUAUUAUAAAUUUGAGUUUGUCUUAGCUAUGUAAUAUCUUGCAUGAUAACCUAGCCAGAUUUUUAGCACUUGUUGUAUUUAUUGAAAUUAAUUUUUUCUUUUUUUUUUUUUGGUAAAAAGCAUUCAUAGCUUAAGCAGCACCAUUUUUUUUAAAUGUAAUUGAAUAAUUGUGAAUGCAGAAGCAAAUAUUGUCUGCCCUAUUAAACUUGGUGCCCAUUAACAGUGUUUACACUGUUCAUUGUGCCUGUUAAUGUAGUUUUAGUUACUGGAGCUUUUGUUUAACACUAGGUUUGUUUUUGAUUUAUGUUAUUAUGAAUGUUGGAAUUCAUUUCAGUUUAAUGUGGUCCUGGCACUCCUGAAAUGGUGCCCCUUUUGUUUGGUAUUUGAUUUUUUUUCAAAGUGUAUCUUCAGGUAUUAACAGUGUCCUCUUCCAGAAGAGUAUUUUACAGUCUGUUGAUAAAUGUCUUCAUUUUACCUUUUUAAUUGGAAUAUCAGGUUUCCUGUUUUAUCAUGGGAACCAAGAAAUAUUGGGCAUCAUUGUGUAUACAGACCUUUUGCACGAGUGAGUGAACAAAAUGGAGUGAGUGCUGUGAAGGUAUGAAAUAGAAGCAGUGUGCUGUCUUGAUCUUUGCAAUAAACUAAACUUAGAUAAUGUAACUUUGUAUAAUUUAGCAGUAUGUACUUGAGUUGUUGCUUUUUUAAAGUGAGGAUUUGUAUUUUCUCAUUAUUCUUUUUGGUGAUAUUAACUAAUAGGAGGGGUCUUUAAAUUGUAAUUUCAAAAGUGACUAUUGGAUAGCUUGCAAGAAGGAAGCUUGGAUGUACACUGUAUGUGAGGGACAUCCAGGUGUCUGAGGUAGAGCAGUUUCCUAGAUACAGGCUGAGCAGACACGUUCACUUUGCUGGGAAGAACCUUUGGGAGCAGCAUCUCCGAAGUCGGUGACUCCCUCGCCUCCUACCCCCAUUCGAAAAAUAAUCUUUAUUAUAAAAAAUUCAAAAAGGAAAAAAGGGAGAGGGUGGUUAAGCAGAAUCCACAAUCAUCCUACUGUGUUGAAAUAACCAAUGUUAAUAUUUUGAUAAAUAUCAUUUGACCUCUUACUUUGCUAAAUAUGUAUAUUUUUAUAAAAAUGGGCUCAUAUUGUGCAUACUGUUUUGUAACCUGCUUUUUUCACUUAACAAUAUAUUGUAAACAUGUUUCCCAGGUUAUGCAUAGUCUUCUGCAUCAUUUUUAUUGGUUUGUUACUCUGUUGUAUGACUGAAUCAUAAUUUAUUUAAUCGUCCAUUGGACAUUUUGACUACUGACAACUUUUUACAGUUAUAAACACUUCAAUGAACCUUGUGUACAUUCAUGACUUUUCUUGAAAUACAUUCUUAGAAGUAGAAUUGCUUAGGAGUAGAAGUAGCAGAUGCUAAGGCAUCUGAUACUUACAUAUAGAUAUAUUUUUGAAAUAUCUUCCAUUUGGCCCAAAUAUUGAGCCACUAUAUAAUUGACAAAAGCAUUUUUUAGUUAUCACAUUUAUACUCUAAAAUUUUUAAGAUUGGAUGUAUUUUGGCUGGGGAUGUAACUAAAUUGUGAGCUCUAGCCUAGCAUGAGCAAGGCCCUGGAUUUAAUCCCUAGGACCUCAAAAAAAAAAAAAAAAAAAAAGAUUGGGUGUUUGGUUUAAAAAAAAAGGAAUCUGAUAAUCUUAAAUCAGUUUGUACCAAAACAAACAAUAAUUCUCUAGUAAUACUAAAAACUAGGUAAAAUCAGAUCAAUUGGGUUACAUGACUUUCCUGUUCAUGCAGGAGAGAAAACUGGCAUUUGCAUGUGUCAGGUUCAUGACACUAUCUCUGCCUAUGAGGGUCAGUGUUGGCUUCUUACUUGGUCUGUGUUGCAUUUAACAGAAUGUCAUGUACCAUCCUUGGAACUUAAGUACAUAAUCUCUGCUACCCUAAAUUUUUUGUAAUUUUGUAAAUAAUGGUUUUUUGAGUAUCUAAGCAAUGGGUUUCAGCAAGUAAGUCAUAGGUAGAAAAGGGAACUUAGGAAGCCUCUGUCUGUCCCUCACUACCCACAUUAUAAUGGAGAUAUUUUGAUCCAGAAAGGAUUAUUUUUUUAAAUGCUGCCUUCCUAAUAUACUUUGGAAUAACGGUGA